CGCCAUUCUCCUACCAUCCAUCUCUUUUCCCUCUCUACCCCUGCUGCUAACGCGGCGCCGCCACCGGUUGCUCCCUCCCUCCGUAGCCUCCCGCUGCGCAGACCGCAGCACCUCAGCCGCUGCCGCCACGCUGCUAGGUGGCCAGGUCUUCGGUCUCUUCGCCGGCGACAAGCACCACCAGACAGUUUUUUGAUCUGAGGAUGGGUAGGGAUGAUGAGCAGGUUGACUCUAUGGAGAUUGACGACCAGAAGCAGCAACAGCUAGAAGCCCCCGCUGCUGUGCCAGAAGGGUUCAACACUGACUAUCUCCGAGUCUACUACGGAAAGCUCUUCCCAUAUGGUGAUUUCUUCAAAUGGCUUUGCUAUGGAAAUGAUGGAAAGCACCCCGGAUGUGAUCAGUCAUACGUUGGACGUCGAGAGUUUUCAUUUACACUGGAGAAUGACAUCUACUUGCGCUUCCAAUCCUUUGAUAGUGCUACUGAAUUGGAGAGUUCUAUCAAGGAGAAGUGCCCUUUCAAGAUUGAUAUUGGACCUGUCUACAGCGUAGAUCCUUCAAAGCGUCAUGCUUACGCCCAAUCUGGCAAUAAUGUCUUUGUACCAGUGGAGAGAGAACUAAUUUUUGACAUUGAUAUCUCUGAUUAUGAUGAUGUUCGCUACUGCUGCUCUGGAGCUGAUGUCUGCUUAGACUGCUGGCCCUUAAUGACAAUUGCUAUCAAAAUUUUGGAUACUUCUCUUAGAGAUGAUUUUGGUUUCAAUCACAUACUAUGGGUAUACAGUGGCCGUCGUGGUGUCCAUUGCUGGGUGUGUGAUAGCAGAGCAAGAAAGCUAAGCAAUGAACAAAGGGCUGCAAUUGCUGACUACUUUCGAGUCUACAAGGGUGGUGAAAAUGCACUGAAGAAAGUAUCCUUGGCUGGACCUGUCCUCCAUCCCUUCCUUGCCCGGUCAUACAUGGAUGUUCUCAAAACCUUCUUUGAAGAUAGGUUGCUCCUUAGCCAACAACUCUUUUCAUCAGAGGAGAGAUGUCAGAAGAUACUUGAUCUCAUCCCUGAUGAAAAUGUUGCUAGUGAGGUCCAUGACAAGUGGCAGGGAAAUAGACGAUCAUCUAUUUCAAAGGAAGAUGUCAAUGUGACCAGAUGGGAGCAAUUGAAGACGACUUUACAGUCAGGAAAACACAAGGCUCAGGGGCUUCGUAGAUGUGUGGAAGAGAUUGUCUUCUCAUACACAUAUCCUAGACUUGACAUGGAGGUAUCAAAGCACAUGAAUCAUUUACUAAAAGCUCCCUUUUGUAUACAUCCAAAGACAGGUCGUGUUUGUGUUCCAAUUGAUCCCAGUAACUGUGAUGAUUUCGAUCCUGCAGCUGUUCCGACUCUAUCACAGCUUUUAGGAGAGCUCAAUGCUACUGGUUUUAAGACAGAUUCUGAAAAUAAUUUGGAAAGAACGUCCCUUGGGAAAUCCAUCAGUUUUUUCAGAACUUCCUUUCUGCACCCAUUGCUGAAAGCAUGCAAGGAGGAACUGGAAAGUGCAUAUAAUGCAAAGCUUCAACAGUCCAAGAAUUCCUUGAACUGGUAAAAUCUACGCAUGUUUCUGCCUCUGUUAUCAGCCCCCGUCCGGCCAUCCCUGAGCAUUCCAACUGUGGCAUGGACUUGGUGCUAGGUGGAUUAUCUAUGACGCUGCUAACCUGUGUUGCAUGCCUGGGAUGCAUGCUACCAUGUCAGUUUGAAGUUGUAUAUCCUGUUCCGGUGCAGUAGUUGCUAUCGUUAGGUUUCAGUUACUCCAAGGGGAAAUGAAUGUAACACUUGCUGGCCGACGGUGGCAAGACAAUCAUGCUACCAUGUUAGUUAAGUUGCAUCUACGAAUGUGACCAGGGGUAAACCUGUAUUGGUGCUGGAAUUUCUACCAUUAGGUUUCUGUUAUUCAUGGGGCAAUGAAUGUGACCGACGGUGGCAAGAUAAUCAUGCAUCUUAGGAUUCAUGUUAACUUGGGCCUUGUUUAGUUCA